CUGGCGGAAUACACUGAGCUCAAACAAAGAAAGAUUGAUAGAACAAGGGAAGAGAGGAGCUUAAGAGCAAACAAUAAGGGAGGAUAGAUAGAGAGAGAGAAAAAGUGUGUGUGUGUGAGAGAGAGAGAAAGAGAGACACAAUCGCAGCAUUUCAGGCUACAGGAGAGAGGAGGCAGACUGAGAGAGUGUGUGAGAGAGUCGCCAUUUCAAAAAUGAAUUUUGAAGAAGAUCACUAUCACUGAACACAAUAUAAGGGACAUUUCAGCCAAGCCGCAGGAUCACCAGAGGAGAGCUCCAGACACCGCUACCCCACCCUCACUCCUAAUCUCAGAUGGAGGUGGAUGCAGCCGAGAAGCGCCAUCGAACACGUUCCAAAGGUGUGAGAGUUGCCGUGGAGACUGCAGCACAGGAGCUGUUCAGCUGUCCCACACCAGGGUGCGACGGGAGUGGACACGUGAGGGGCAAAUACGCCAGGCACAGGAGUGUUUAUGGAUGCCCUUUGGCUAAGAAGAGGAAAGGCCAAGAGAAACCGCCACAGGAGCCGGCUACCAAACGGCAACCGUUUCUAAGCAUGGCAGAUGGAGAACCGGUGAUAUACGACAACUACGAAGCUAUGGAAGAGAGUGAGGAGCGAGAACAGGAAGAGUUAGAUGAAGAUGUGGAGGAAGAGGAGGAGGAUGGAGAAGACGGAGACGACGAAGAAGAGGAGUGCUCCGAGGACAAUGAUGAGGCUGGCGAGGAGGAAGAUGAGGAAGACGAGGAAGAGGAAGAUGAAGGAGAGGUCGAAAGGGAGGAGGUAGAGCAGAUGGAGGAAGAGGUGGAGGAAGAUGAGGAGGUGGUGGAACAGGACGGAGAUGAUGAACAAGAGGAGGAGGGAGAACAGGAAGAGGAAGAUGAAGAUGAGCAUGAUGAAGAGGAGGAAUAUGAAGAGCAUUCUCAUCAUCAAGAGAACACUUACUCCAGUUGUGGACAAUCAAAGCCCAGCCAGAUGUUUGAAAAAGACAACAACAACAAUAACAACACAAACAGUGAAGAAUAUGAGAACUACGAUGAGCUUGUAGCUAAGUCCCUGCUCAACCUGGGCAAAAUAGCAGAGGACGCCGCAUACCAGGCCAUGACAGAGUCUGAGAUGAACAGCAGCUCGUCCAACAGUGCCGGGGAGGACGAAGAUGAGGAUGAUGACGAUGGUCCUGAGCGGAAGGUUGAGUUAAGUGUGGACCUGGACAGUGACGUGGUGCGGGAGACGGUGGACUCACUGAAGCUGCUGGCACAGGGUCACGGAGCUGUGCUGCCCGACGAUGGCUACCCGGAGACUGCUCCUGGCCAGGAACACCACAACGGCCAGCCUGAAGAGAACGAGGAGGGUGUGUGCCUUAGUAGUCUGGAAUGUCUGAGGAACCAGUGCUUCGAUCUGGCACGCAAGUUAAGUGAAACACAGCCACCCGAGCAGACAAUGCUGCACCACCAGGCUGAGCAGCAGCACCUACAGAACCAGAUGCACCUCCACCUGCCUCGCUACGAGAGUUGCCAGCAGGCACCGAUGGAGCCUCAGAGACCAAUGGAGAGGACCUACUCAGACAUGGUGAACCUGAUGAAGCUUGAAGAGCAGCUCAGCCCAGCAUCCAGGGGUUACCCCUCCAGCUGUGCCCAUGAAGGGGAUGAAGACACAACGUCUGUGGCAUCAGAGCAUUCAGACGAGGCCUUCGACAUCACCAAGGGCAACCUGUCACUGCUGGAGAAGGCCAUCGCUUUGGAGUCAGAGCGUGCCAAGGUUAUGCGUGAUAGGAUGGCGUCAGAGCAGGCAGUGGCUCGGAGGGACCAUCACCGGCUCCAUGGGGAGCACAGCCCCAGGCAGAGUAGUGGAGCUGAGGAGCGUAAAGCCCGACUACAUCAUGAUGGGGCAAGAAGAGCCUAUUACCCUAAAGAUCCUUCAAGAGGUGAGAAAAAAGAGAGCAAGUGCCCCACCCCAGGGUGUGACGGCACGGGCCACGUCACGGGCCUGUACCCGCACCACAGAAGCCUGUCUGGCUGCCCUCACAAAGACCGCGUCCCACCAGAAAUUCUUGCAAUGCAUGAGAAUGUUCUAAAGUGCCCGACGCCUGGCUGCUCGGGACGCGGCCACGUUAAUAGCAACAGGAACUCGCACCGCAGUCUCUCAGGAUGUCCUAUAGCAGCUGCUGAAAAGAUUGCUAAGGUUCAGGAGAAGCACCAAUCCAGUGACGGAACCAAAUCCAAUCAGGCAUCCGACCGCGUGCUGAGGCCUAUGUGCUUUGUGAAACAGUUGGAGAUCCCACAGUACGGUUACAAAAAUAACGUCUCCACCAGCACGCCCCGCUCCAAUCUAGCCAAGGAGCUGGAGAAGUACUCCAAGACCAGCUUUGACUACGGAGGCGGCUACGACGGCCAGCCUCACGCCUACAGCAAGCGCUCGCUCACACAGAAGAACCACGGACGAGACACUUCACCAAGAGGAUACGAGGACUCAUUUGCUCUCAGCAUUCAUCAUGGAACAUCAGACCAUCCAAUAAGCGAGUCUUCCAAGCGGUACUGUAAGACCUCGAGUCCUGCCAGCAGUACAACGAGCAGCUACGCUCCCAGCAGCAGCGGCAGUAGCCUGAGUUGUGGGGGAGGAAGAGGAGGGAGAGGAGGAGGAGGAGGAGGAGGAAGCAGCGCCAGCAGCACCUGCAGCAAGAGCAGCUUUGACUAUACGCACGACAUGGAGGCCGCUCACAUGGCCGCAACCGCCAUCCUCAACCUGUCCACGCGCUGCCGAGAGAUGCCCCAGAGCCUGAGCGCCAAAGGCCCUGAGCUCCUCGCACAGAGUCCAGUGGAGCAGGAGGUGGAGGAGAGUGGGACUCUGGACCUCAGUGUGGGUCGUGCAGGUGGCAUGGGUGAGGGCACAGUGCUCACGCCGCUGCAGCCCAUGUCUCCUCAGCGGCAAGCACUGCUCAACAGCCGCUGCUACCAGAUGAGCCCAGACUGCUGGGACUUGCCAGUGGACUACAACAAGAUUAAGAGCUUGGACGAGGACCAUAAAGAGGAUGAGCUGGACCCUUUCCAGGACUUGCUGGAGAAUCAGCAGUACCCGGGUGAGGUGUCCCUACCCAGCCCCAAACAUAAGUAUGCCCCCUGCAAAGAAAGCAAGAAAGAACUCCUCACACUCUCUAGUUGCCAGUUAGCUGAUAAAGGCAUGCGUAGUAUGAUGACAGCAAACUCACAGGAUUUAAAGUGUCCUACUCCAGGUUGUGAUGGCUCCGGGCAUAUUACAGGCAACUAUGCCUCACACAGGAGUCUGUCAGGCUGUCCCAGAGCAAAGAAGAGUGGAAUUAAAAUCAUUCAUAACAAGGAGGACAAGGACGACCAGGAACCAAUUAAGUGUCCUGUGCCUGGUUGUGAUGGUCAGGGUCAUGUGACUGGGAAGUACGCGUCUCAUCGCAGUGCAUCCGGCUGCCCACUUGCGGCCAAGCGCCAGAAGGAUGGCUUUGUGAACGGUGCUCCAUUUCCAUGGAAGUCUGGAAAAAACGAUGGAAUGUCAUGCCCAACACCUGGGUGUGACGGCUCGGGACAUGUCAGCGGCAGCUUUCUCACACACCGGAGUCUUUCUGGCUGUCCACGUGCUACUUCAGCUAUGAAGAAAGCACGGAUGACUGGAGUCGAAAUGCUUACAAUCAAGCAGCGUGCAAACAAAGGAAUAGAGAACGAUGAGGAAAUCAAACAGCUGGAUGAAGAAAUCAAAGAUCUUAAUGAAUCGAACAAUCAAGUGGAGUCAGAUAUGAUUAAACUUAGGACACAAAUCACCACUAUGGAGACCAACCUGAAGUCCAUGGAGGAGGAGAACAAGGCCAUUGAACAGCAGAAUGACUCACUACUGCAUGAGCUGGCUAACCUCAGCCAGUCGCUCAUCAACAGUCUGGCCAACAUCCAGCUCCCUCAUAUGAAACCGGUGCCACUGAAAGAGGCCCCUGUUAAAAAUUACUGCUGUUUACAGAUGCCCCACAGAGAGCCGAUGAACGAGCAAAAUUUUGACAGUUACGUGAGCACUUUGACAGAUAUGUAUACGCAUCAGGACCAGUACCAGAGCCCUGAGAACAAAGCCCUGCUGGAGAACAUCAAACAAGCUGUGCAGGGCAUCCAAGUGUAGCUCCCUGAGCCACUGCCACGUUUUUUUAAGGGCUUGCAUUAAGCAAGCACUGAUACACAAAAAGAAAGCAAACGGAAACAAGGAGGAAAAAAAAAAAACAUGUAAAAAGUAUGGAUAUCGAUUAUGUUUUUUGCUGCUGUAAUUAACUGUAUUAUCUUUCAUUAUUUAUGAUUCUGUUAUGCUUUUGAGGGGGAAAAAAACAUGAAUUAUUUGUUGCCUUGCUUUAACGAUGAUUACCAAUGGCAAAUGUUUUGAGGAUCAUUCAUGUUUUGUACAUUUUUCAUAUGACCUGACAUAAUGUGAUGUACUGUUUAUAGCUGCUAAUGUAUGCACAUUUUAGUGUAUAUGUAUUUAUUAAUUGUAAACAAACAAAAAAAACAUUCAUUGUUUUAAAAGGCUUCACGACAAGAAGGAAAAACAUAGCGCUGAAAAUGUGAAAGGAUGGGAAACGUCGAGGGCAAUCAGCUAACAUAAGCUUUUCCUUUUUAAAAUAAGAGGAAUUCGAGGCGUACAGUGUAGGUUGUUUAAUGUAUGUUAAACCGCUAUUUUUUUUUUAAAUAAUAUGAAAAAAUUUCAUAAAGGUACGUCAUAGUGUUCAAAGCAUUUUGCAGCCGUCAGUGUGGGCACUCUAAUGAAGUACAUGUGUUGCUCUUUGAGCGUUUAAUUGUUUCACUUUCAGAACAUAAAAUGGAUAAAAAUGGAUAGACAAAAAAAAAAAGUACAUUUUUGUGAAACAUCAUGACACGGAAACCCAUUGGUGCAUAUCCCAAGAUUGUGAGAGAAAUAUUUCAUAACUUCAAUCAUCCAUAUUGUAUAUUCUCCAAAUGUGAUUCCCAUUUGGUUAACUCCAAUCACUAUGGAAAAUAUUAAGGAGACAAUCCAGCAUAAAUUAUGAAUUUAUGACCGUAAAAAAAUAUUAGUAGGUAGUAAAAUAGCUUAUCAGCAAUAUAUGACAAUGAUUCAAUCAUUUAUUUAGAUAUGGGAUGCAAAAGUUCGGGUAUAUGCAAUUUCUUAUUGUAAACAUCACAGAAAGCUGAUUAAUCUUUUUACUAAAUGUAAAGUAUUGAGUUUUAUAUAAAUCUUUUACUACAAUCAUGUGUUAGGGUUUAAACAUGAGUGAAGUGAUCGAAUCCAAAUGGAUGAACGCAUAUGCAUUAUAAUUUUACAUUUCUCAUGUUCUGUUUUGCACAGGGACACCUUUGUUUCCAUGUUUUGAUGUUAUACUGUACGUACAUAUAUUCAUACCCACACACACACACACACACACACACACACACACACACACAGGGAGGUGCCCAGAAACUUUAAUGCAGAGACUUGCUUUGUUUGUCAGUGUUAGAAUAAAUAUGUGUUGGACUUACAGGGUUGACAUCACUGUCCAAUUCAUCACCAUGUCAA